AUGAAAUUAGUAUUCUUACUUUCUUGUUUCCCUUUCAUAAGUUUGAAGAAUAGGGAAUUAACUUUAGAUCGUUUGUAUACUUCGUCGCCUCAAUUUGCUGAAGAUCUAAGAACUCUCAAGCUUAAAAUUUUAGAUCACUUAUAUCUUUAUCGUCAACCAGAAUCUUCUUCAUUUAUUAUAAAUAUAUUAUUAUUGUCAAGUUUUUUCAAAUUUCCAUUUCCCUCUCAACAGGUUGUUCCUUACUCAAAAUACUUAGAAUUCCCUGAACAUUUUGGUAUUACUGAAAGAGAUAAAAUCCAUAAUGAAGCAUAUUGUCCAUCUACAGAAUUCACAACUAGUUUUGAUGAAUUUUAUCCUAAACUUCAUAUUCAAGCAGAAAAACUUGAAGUUUCUGAUCUAAAACUGAUGAUUAAGGACCUUAAACUUGAUGUGCGUGCAAUAGUACGAACUGAAAUAUUGCUGGACAUUGGAGUUGAUGGGAGAGACAUUACUUGGAAUUACUAUGUACCAUUUAAAUAUUUAAUUUUCGAGCCCAUCGAAAAGCUCUUAGUCAAUUACUAUCCAACUUUUGAAUAUAAGGAAACUCACGGAAUAGAAUUAUUUCCUACAGUUCGACCACCUACCUUCAUUUUCACAGCCAAUAACCAUAUUGUGCCUGUAAUUGUGAGAUACACAGGAUUACAUAAAAAUUUCAAUAAAGCUAAAAAGCAUGAAGAUGCAUUUUCAGUGUCUGAAGAUGUUAGACGACUUGUCAAUGAACUUUUAUAUCUGAUGAUAUACAGCCGGUCAUUAAUGGGAUUUGCGCUCGAUGUGGAUUCCGUAUUAGUGAUAAGAAUAUUAUCAUCCAAAGUAGUUGAUACCGUGGUGAACCCUAAUGAUGGAACUAUUAGCAAGGAAUUAGAUUUCGAAAUCUUUUUAUUAGAUCACAGCCUCCAUUAUCCAAUGGUUGGUCUUAUAUUAAGUUCGUUCCUCGAUAAUUAUUUCAAGACUGCUGCUCCCAACUCGGUUGAAAUCACAAGACAGAUUAGAAGAAAUUUAAAAACUGAGUCUGAAGAACUUGAAGCUUCUAGACAAAGCAAAAUAGAAUUUGUUAAAAGGCAGUAUCUACAACGGUUUGAUGACUAUGAUACUGCAAUUGGAGGAGGAUAUAUCAAUAUAGAGUUCCCAGGCUUGUUUAUUGAAGAAGAGUGCUAUGACAAGGUAUGGGCUCUUCGAUUGAUAAAGACUUUUACUUCUUCAGAAUUUCAAAUAAUGGAACGUCUGUACUUGUCCAAUAGAGAGGAUAUUGUACAUGAAUUCAAAGGAAAAUUAGAUGGUAGAAGUGGUACUUUAUUUGUUUACAAAAUAUCGUAUACCAAUGGUGAAAAUGAAGACUUUUACAAGUUGGUUUCAAUAUCUCUUAAUCGCUUUUUAGGGCAUAUGGUGGAAUGUAUUUCCAAAUUUGGGAAGUAUAAGACAGAUGCAUAUAACACUUUGAACUUGGAUACUGUCAAUGAUAAUUUCCAAUGUGCUUAUUAUGAGAGAGAGGAUAUCAGUGGCUUUUCAUUGCUAUUAUUUGACGAUGCGCAGGAACUUGAUGAAGCAGAUAAAGUUGAGGAAUAUGAAGGUGACCCUCCAGUUUUAUAUGACUUCUAUGGCAAUCGGAUCAAAAAUGAAAAAAAAACGUCGAAGGCUCAAGUGAAGGUUUUGUAAGGGUUAAUAUUUAGUUUUGCUAUGUAUGUGCUGUCUUACUCCCUUAGGGAGUAUAAUAAGUAAUACUUAGUAGUCAUGUAAUAGUUUUCAUUCGUCCCCUCUAUUACUAGGAUUAUACUUGCACAAUGUAAUCUAUAACUCUAAUGUAUGGUUAUUAUUAUCGUAUGGAAAUGCUCUGCCUUUUUGUAUAUUCAAAUUUACCAGUAUAUGGAAAAUAAGAAACUGUCAUAUAACAAUGGUACGAUACGAUGUUAAGUUUAUUGUUUAAAGGGAGUGAACUAACGAUUCAUUAUUAGGAAUCCUUAGUAUAGACUAGCCAGAGUUUAAAUAAUCCGCCCAUACUAUUUCAAUUUGCUAAAAUUCAGACACACAUAAUAAUCGCUCCCACCGAAAGGUUUUGGAAGGCAUU